AUAAACGAACAAGUAAACAAAAGCAAGUGUUGUUUACAGGGGUGAUAAACAACAACUGUAAGAGAUAAACAGACAUACGGACAGUAAACUCUAUUAUAGUGAUUAAUUAACCUCGAUAUAGAAGUUGUUAUAGAUGUGUUGACAUAGUUACAGUGAUUUAUAUGUGUAUUAGGGUAUAAUGUUUUCGGUGUUCAAAAUUGGCAAGAUUUUUGUUGUCUUUAGGGACUGUCUGUGUAUGCCUGGGGGAUGAUUAUGUAUGUGUCUAAGAUAUUAAUACCGUGUCAAUAUGUGUAACUUAAACAAAUACAAAAAAGCAGGUGUUUUAAAGGGACGCAUUUAUGUAUCCUGAGCAGUAGUCCUGAGCAGUAGUCCUGAGCAGUAGUCCUGAGCAGUAGUCCUGACCACGAACUCUUAUACAGGGAUAUUCAACGCUAUUCUUGGGCAGUUUUCAUGAGCACUUCAAGUGAAGAGUAGUCCUGAGCACUAUUUCUGAGCAGAAGUGUUUAGACAGUGGAUUUGAGUAUCAGACCUCAGCAGUAGCCCUGAACAUUGGACAUGAGCAUUGGGACUGAGCAGUAGCCCUGAGCGCAGAGUCUGAGCAGUAACCCUGAGAAGUAGUCCUGAGCACUGGGCAUGACCAAUAGCCCUGAUCACUGGGCCUGAGAAGUAGCCCUGAGCAGUAGCCCUGAGCAGUAGCCCUGAGCAGUAGCCCUGAGCAUUGGCCUUGAACAAUAGCCCUGAACAGCUGUGGUUCCCAAGGCGCCUGUAGCCCAGCACUGAGCACCAUAACAACGGUGACGAAGUGAGUUCAGGCCACCACCAGCAGGCAGGUACUCCCAGAUGACCCGGCUGCUCCUCUUCCUCCUCCUGCGGCUACUGGUCACCCCCUGGCGUGAGGUCAAGGCCGCUGCUCUGCCAGUGUUCCCAAGUCUACUACCCACCACCACCACCACCACUACCACCACCCCCCUGACAGCGACCGUAACUGAGGGCUCCGUGCCGGUUUCUCCUACGGCCGCUUCCUCACUCUCCUCGGCCGUAUUCUCACAGCAGAACAACACGGAACUACGGACGCAGGUGGGAGCUACGGCCGUCCUCCACUGCCUCGCUAACAACGUCGGAGAGAAUACGGUGUCGUGGAUCAGAAGGAGAGAUUACCACCUGCUUACAGUUGGCUCCCAGACCUACAGCAGUGACAGCAGGUUCCAGGUCCGCUACAUUAAGCAGGAGAAUGACUGGCAGCUACACAUCCGCUACGUGCAAGUGAGAGAUGACGGCGUGUACAGUGUCAGGUCUCCUCCCACCCCCGUCAGCCUCCUGUCUACCCUACACGUCUUAGAGGCGACGUCAGAGAUCCUGGGAGGUCCUGAGAAGUACAUGACGGUGGGCAGUUCGCUGAGACUCGUGUGUGUACUGAGAGACAACACACAACCACCCACCUACGUCUUCUGGUACCACAACCACCACAUGAUCAACUACCACGCCACCAGGGAGGUCCGUGUGGAGAAUAACAGAGGUCUGAGUGUGUUAUUUCUGAGCAACGUGCGACCAGCGGACUCCGGAAACUACACCUGUGCCCCAUCCAACGCUCGCCCCGCCCAUAUCCACAUACAGGUGUUAAAAGGAGGUGAGACGCCGGCAGCUAUUCAUUCAUCGGCGGGGAUCCACACUACCUCCUUACCUCUCCUCCUCACUCUCCUCAUUUGUGUGGCCUCCAGGUACCUCCCCCAGGCCUCCAACACUAAGAAUCGUACAGGAGAGCAUCGUGCAGGUCUAGGUCGCGACGGUAUAACAGUCUCCCACACACACGUAAGAUGCCAGAGGUUAGCAUGGUGUACACCCUACGUCCUCACACACCAUGGCUCACGCACGCCUCCUCCAGGAGGACGACUACAGCUUCAGGAGGAAUAUGGUGACGUCCCAUCAAGGAGAGGCUGUGUAGUGGGGUUCCGUCACAGCUGAAAUGACCUGUUGUCUGUCUCUGUUGUGGCGCUACACGGUGGGCCCCUUACUCUUGACCCUGUGGCUAAGUCUUGAACCUAACCUAACCUAACCUCAUAGUCAAGUAGAAAUUAUAUUAUUGUACUUGUUUUACAGCUCAAAAAAGACCAAACACUGAAGACUUAAGUCAUCAAGGAAUAUAAAAUAUGUUGUACCUAACCCGAAUCUUGUCUUGCAGUAUGUUGACUGAGUUAGGAGGUAGGGUAAGGCCUGGUAGGUAAGGCCUGGUCGACUCACACUUGGCCUGGUCGACUCACACUUGUCCUGGUCGACUCACACUUGUCCUGGUCGACUCACACUUGGCCUGGUCGACUCACACUUGUCCUGGUUGACUUACACCUGUCCUGGUCGACUCACACCUUGCCUGGUCGACUCACACCUGGCCUGAUCGACUCACACCUACACUGGUCGACUCAUAUCUGACCUGGUCGACUCAUACCUGUCCUGGUCGAUUCACACAUGGCCUGGUCCACCCUCAUCAAGCCUGGUCAACUCAUAUCUGGCCUGGUCAACUCACACCUGACCUGGUCAACUCACACCUGACCUGGUCAACUCACACCUGGCCUGAUCAACUCACACCUGACCUGGUCAACUCACACCUGGCCUGGUAAACCCACACCUGGCCUGAUCGACUCACACCUGGCCUGGUCGACUCGUUCCCCCACAACAUAACCUUACUACACGCCACCUACUGUUCCCGCCACUGUAGGUAGAGGUGCUUCAUUAUUCCUCUAACAUAACUCCCGUUGAAGGUAUAAGGUGCUCACACUGGCACUGAUCUGUGAGGGUGUGGGCUGAAGUGGGAGCUCUGACGCCCACCUCGUUGACAGCUACCGUAUCCUUCCUCGUGUGUUGAUCAUAACAAGUGUUUCAUAUGUUACAUAGUCAUAUAUAUAUACUGUAUAAUUAUAAAUAUUUGUGUUCGUGUUGAGUUGUAAUUUAUUUGAAGAAAAAAUUAUGAAUAAAGAUUACAGAAGAACAAUGGGUGGUAUAAAUCGUUGACAUUAGGUCAUGUAUAUAUAAUUCUACAUACAUAUACUGCACAUACUCAUAUAUAUAUAUGUAUUAAGUUAUGAAAAUACUGAUUUUAUACUCACAUGAAAGCGAAAUAAUUAAACUGAAGCCAAUAACUGGGUGAUUAUGUCAAUUGAAUACAUGUUCGUGUAUUGUACAUUAUUAACUAUACUGUACACACAUCACCACGAGUCACUGUACACAUUAACUAUACUGUACACACAUCACCACGAGUCACUGUACACAUUAACUAUACUGUACACACAUCACCACGAGUCACUGUACACAUUAACUAUACUGUACACACAUCACCACGAGUCACUGUACACAUUAACUAUACUGUACACACAUCACCACGAGUCACUGUACACAUUCUUCUUUAUUAUACUCUCUUGUGGAACAUUAAUUAUACUCUCUUGUGGUAUAAUACUCUUUUAUUAUACUCCCAUUGUGAUAUAACAACUACAAUCUAGUUUAAUAAUAAAUGUUGUGUAUUGUU